GACAGUCAGAUGGCAAUUAUUUAAACCUCUGAAAUUACAGUGACUGAACAUGAAAUUUUGCUGUUGUACUGCCAAAUUUGAACCAACAAGAAGUGUAACAUCAGUGAGAGAAGAGGGUAGUAAUUAUUUUGCUUUAUUUACUCUGCCUGUUUGAAAAAAUGACCACUGCUUUUAAUUCUCAUCAAACUCAGCAAAGGGUGGAGGGGAGGAGGUGGGUAGAUGCAUGUUCAGGGAGAUGGGCCUUCUCCAAUGUCAUUUUUGAUGAGAUGCUGAACCACAAGACUUGAGCAGCAGCAACAGAAAGUAUCAUCACAGGUUAAAUGUUUAGGUCUGUUGCUGGAGAAAGCAAAGGCUCUAAGACAUGUCAAAGUCAUCUUCUGCAGCCAUAGUUGGAAGUGCUGUUGGGGCACUUGCCUUGGUGGCAAUAGUCGUCGGAUUCAUGUGGUUCUGCAAGACACAACGUAAUAGGCAUUUCUCCAACAAGAACUCAGAGACUGCUUCUUCAGAUCCAUCUGCAAUAGUUGAGCUGACUAGGGGUGGACCUAGUUCAGCAAGGCACUUCACAAUGGAGGAGUUAGAGCAAGCUACCAAGCAUUUUGAUGAAAGCAGUCUUCUGGGAUAUGGAAGUUUUGGACUUGUUUAUAAAGGUUUGCUCCGUGAUGGGACGGUUGUGGCUAUCAAAAGGCGCCCCGGUGCUCCUAGACAGGAGUUUGUCUCAGAGGUAACGUACUUGUCGCAGAUUCAUCACCGAAACCUAGUUAAAAUACUGGGUUACUGCCAGGAAAGUGGAUUUCAAAUGUUGGUUUUUGAAUAUGUACCAAAUGGAAGCAUGUGCAAUCACCUAUAUGAUACUAAACAGGAUCCAUCAACUAAACUAGAGUUUAAGCAAAGGCUAUCCAUAGCUCUAGGGGCUGCUAAAGGUUUAUGCCACUUGCAUGGCCUAAGACCUCCAAUCAUACACAAGAACUUCCAAACUGCCAAUGUCUUGGUUGAUGAGAACUUCAUUGCUAAAGUUGCAGAUGCAGGGAUCUCAAAACUACUUGAAAAGAUAGAAGAAGCAGGUCCUUCUCACACAUCCAGUGUCAAUUUUUUCCAAGACCCAGAGGUUGGACCAUCUGAGAAAGCUUCAUCUGAAGUGAGUGAUGUUUACAGCUUUGGUGUUUUCCUAAUGGAGCUUCUAACUGGAAAGGAGGCUUUGGAUAUUGGCUCCUUGGGAUCUAAUGAAAGUUUAUUUCAAUGGGUGGAAUCGCGGCUGAGUUCAAACAAUUUAGUGGAUAGCCGGCUUGCUGGAAGCUUCACUGCAGAGGGAAUGAGGGACUUGAUCAGGCUAACACUACAAUGCAUGAGUUUUCUGGGAAAAAGACGACCCAGGAUGGAAAUGGUUGUGGUUGAGCUUGAGAGAAUUCAAGAGAAAGAAAUGGCAAUGACCACAGUCAUGGGUGAGGGAACUGAUACAAUCACUCUUGGGAGUGUACUAUUUACUUGAGUAUGAAUAUUAUGAAAAGAAAGUGUACUGAUCUGUACGCUUGGUGUUCAUUGGCUUAGGCAAAGCUUAAGCUUUACCACUUAACACCAACACAAACAAACUUGGCUUGGGUGAAAUUCAGUUUUAGUGCAAGACCCAAAUUAGUGUAAAUGUAAAGUAUCGAUUUUACAUUCUUAUUGAUGCACAAUAGUAGCAUUUUGAUUAGCAA